AUGUAUCGGAAGUUGUCUAAGUUAGAACACUCGGAAAUAAAACAACUUCUUACAGAAGCUAAUAUAGAUGUUGCAAAGCAUUACGCAACAAACAAAAAAGCACUCGCUGACUUCAUUAAAGACUAUAAUGGUGCAAUAAGUUAUGAUAGAAUUCAUGAUUACAUUAAUAACAAAACUUUUCCUUUAAAUGACGUUGCUAUUGACUUAUAUCAUAGACGUUCAAUACCUCAUGAAGUAAAGAAGAAAAUGUUUGACAUAACAAAUGCGAACGUUGGUCAUACUCGUAAAGCUCUUUCACAUGAUGUUCGUCAAGAAAUGUUUGACAUAACAAAUGCGAACGUUGGUGAAACAAGAAGAAGAGACGACACACUGAAACAACAGAGAAGAGAGAUGUUUAAAAGUGCUAUAGAACAAGUUCGCAAAGCUAACGAUGUCAUUCGUUCCAUUGACGACAAACCAAAAGAAGGUGAGAGAUGGUUAAAGAAAGAUGAAGAGAAUAGGAAGAGAAAUGUGAAGUCAGGCAAUAGACUCAUUGACUUUAACAUCGAAGCUUUAGAUGAACCAAACAGAGACUACUUACACAAACAUUUCGGUAAGGUUUUCAUGAGACUCUUAGAGAAGAUUAAAAUAAACUCACAACAGAGAUGGAUGGUAUGUUAUAAACUUGGUGGAAAGUAUGAAUGUUCUACGUUAAACCUCAAUAAUAUUGGAACAUUACUACAUCAGCUCUUGAAGGAGAACUUUAUAUCAGAGAUAGAAGCAAAUGCUGCAGGUAUUGUUGAAAUGCACUAUGACUUCUUCUUGACAAACAUAAAGAAUCUUACCGAAAUAAAGAUGUAUGAUUUAACAGAAUAUGAAGGCUUAACGAUGUCAGAUGUAAAGAAAGGCAAACCAAAAAAGAGACCAUAUAGAGAUGAAAGCACACUGACAAAUGACCAGAAAGCCAUUUUGGAAGCUCUUAAGCAAACAGGAAACCCAGCACUUAUAGAAAGCUUUUGGAAAGAUAAUGGUGAAAAGAAGUUUUAUAAGAAGAGAAGCGGUCAGUUCUGGAA